AUGGUGAAUUCUAAAUAUGAAUAUGUACGUAAAUUUGAAACAUCAGAUAAACUUUUACCAAAUACCUGGAUUGUGAUAAGAUUGGAUGGAUGUGGGUUUCAUAAGUUUUCAUCGAUUCAUGAGUUUGAAAAGCCAAAUGAUGUUCGAGCUCUUAACCUUAUGAAUGAAGCAGCAUCGGUUACUAUGAAAGCAUUUCCAGAUAUUAUCCUUGCAUAUGGGAACAGUGAUGAAUAUAGCUUUGUUUUUCAAAAAACCUGUCACUUGUAUGAACGCCGUUCUAGCAAACUUACAAGUAUAGUUGUUUCUCUUUUUACAUCGAAUUAUGUAUUUCUAUGGCCUCGGUAUUUUAAAGAUAAAAUGUUAAUGUAUCCGCCUUCUUUUGAUGCUCGAUCUAUACUUUAUCCAUCUAAAGAAAAUAUUCGUGACUAUCUUAGCUGGAGACAAGUAGAUUGUCACAUUAACAAUCUGUAUAAUACAGCUUUUUGGGCUCUUGUUCAGAAAGGUGGAAUGUCCACAACAGAUGCUGAAAAAACACUCAUGGGGACAUUAGCAAAGGAUAAAAAUGAGCUUCUUUUCAGUAAAUUUGGUAUUAAUUAUAACAAUGAACAUGAGAUGUUCAAAAAGGGGAGUGUUCUUCUAAGAAACUCUUCUGCUAACAACUUAGAAAAAACUUCCAGUAAAAAUACAAAACAAAUAGCUGUGCUUCAUGUAGAUAUAAUAGGCGAUCCUUUUUGGGAUGAGCGUCCAUCAUUGUUGAAAUAA